AUGUGCCGGCCGAAAGUCGGUGGCAAACGGGUUCUGUCGGCAACACUGCCGGCUUUUUUUUUGUCUCCUCUCUUCCGCCGGCUACUUCGGACCGACGUAACGCAUCGUUUCGCAGACGUUGUGGCAGAGUCGCCACGCCCCUUUUUUCGUUCGGCAGCGUCGUUAGAUUGCACCAAAAGUUGUGGGUGUGGCCGACGCUGCCGCUGAUCUCCUAUAAAGGGCUGAGCUUCGGAUGUCGACCACAUCUUCCACCUUCCUUCUCCACUUUUCCUUCUCAAUAUGGUUAGCUUUUUCUUUUCUUCUUCCGUUCAUUCUGAAUCUAGGAAAAUGUUCUUGACCAGUAGUUUCAUUUUGAACUGUCCUUGAAUUUGAGAUUCUAGAAGAAGCUGUGUUAUAGUUAUUUGAAGGAGUAUAUGACUUGACAAAACCUACAGAUGCGAUUCUUCGUCUUGUUGGCCCUCAUCUCGACGGCGUUCGCCUGUCUUCCAGGACUCGGCGGCGGCUGCGGAGGAGGCUGCGGAGCCGCUUUGCCACCACCGCCACCAGUCGCCUGCGGCGGCGGUUGCGGAGCCGCGUAAGACUUUCAACCGCAAAGAACGGAUAAUUUUCCAAACGGUUGCAGGCCGUUCCCAGCAGGACCUGUGGCUGCUCCCUACGCCCCGGCCCCGUACUCUGCGCCUUUACCUGCCGGCAACGCCUACGUCGGAAAGUAG